GAGUCAUAGUGUGAGAACUUUCUAUGAUAUUUGGAACAUUGUGGGCCAGAUUAUUGUCCCACAAAGCCGGAUUCGGGGAUUUUUUCAAUGGACUUAUCGAAAUCUGGAUUUAUCCUAGACGUUUCUAGGAUAACAUACAAACUUUUAGAGUCAGGAUUUAUCUAGGAUUUUAACUCUUCACUGCACAGAGUUUUGUAGUUUGGAUUUUAAAACUACCGUACCAUUUUUACAAGAGAGAGAACAAGCAUUCCCCGGGUUUUCCGAUUAUCAUUUUUUCGAAGGAUAUAAUAUCAACUGUAUGAAAUGAGAGAUCUAAGUAUGCCUUCGAAAUCAGCUUAUGAAUAUGAGGACGGAAGAGUGUACAAAGUUCAUGGGGUCGGAGGUCAUUCAUCCGGAUCCUCAGCUUACUCUUAUUCCAGCCAUUCGAGUCAAAGAUAUCAACCGGAAGUAGUAUACCAUAGCAACCCUGCCUACCCACCUCAUACCUACAGUACUAAACCUUACGUCGUAAUUAACCAGCCAGUCAAUAGAGACGCGGUCAUCCAGUUCAGACCAAACGACUACUUUCCAUUUUCACUGUUUACAUGUCUAUGUUGUUUUUGUCCAACUGGUUUGGUGGCUUUGUACUACUCUUGGAAAUCGAGAAAAGCAAGUAGGAGGUUGGAUUUUAACCUUGCCCUGGAAGAUGGUAAAUGUGCCAAAACGCUUGGUAUCGUCAGUUUGGUAAUAGGAAUAAUUUUAAUCAUAAUGGGAAUAAUCUUACUGAUUGUGUUCUAUGCUUUUGGCUUCAACAAGCAAUAGUCGUAGUAGCCGACUGAACGUUCAUUUGUUUAAAGGUGCCCUCACACCAUAGCUAUUACCAGUUGCGUAUGGUUGCGAAUAAUGAAAGUGGCCAUAUGUAACGAACGUAACUCAUAACUCAGUGGCAUGAGUGCUGCGUUCGAAACAUACUCGCAACAAUAGGCAACUGGUGAUCUCUAGAGUGUGAGGGACUGCCAUAGGCCAUUUUCUUUUGAAAGUGUAUAUAUACGAGUAUAAUUUCACUUUUUCAAAAAUGAUUGUGAACCUCUAUAGGUAUGCCAGUCUUAAGGCAUGGUUGUUGCCAGUUCGUUUUUCUGUUAAUAUUUAUAAUGCCCAAAACUUGUCAAUUAUUUUAUAUUUUGAUGUCAUGUAAAUGAGAGGGUUCGGAUGAGAUUUAAAACCCAACCACCCAACCGACCCGUAAGGGUCUUUUACUUCUCCUAAAUGUCCAUUUCCAUUUGAUUUCUUCGGGGUUUUUUCCGUUUUCUUCUGUCUGAAAUUAGAUUACAGGAGGAGUGUAGACGCCUCUGUACAGAAACAAUCCCCUCAACUCGAUUGGUGAGUUCUACGCGUUGUAGAUUCAUGGUAUCAUACGAAAGUUCAAUAAAACAAUUUGAAAUGGGGGUUAGAAGCGUUCCACAUGUGUUGAAGAAUUCAAAAUAAAGGAGAAAGCAAGAGAAGGGAAAAUUUCGAAUGUGACACAUCUGGUUCCGUACCAAGCGAUUGAGGCCGAAUUUCGAACAGGCGGAACAUGUUCCCAACUCACCAAUCGAGCGCCACCAUGCUUCAGGAAGAAAUACUUUAGUGGGAAGCUUAUGGUCUAAUUAAUUGCGUCCAUUAUAGAUUGUUGUCCUCUGUAAAUUUUUAUAUUUGAUAUUAGGAAUUUAAUAAGAUAGAAGUAUAACAUAUCUUGCCAUUAUAUUUAUAUAUUCUCAUGUUAUAUAGCGAUUUGCAUCCAUCCCUAAUCGGUAUAAUUUUUAUAUAAUUUUAUAUAAUCAUAUAUUGUUAGAUUAUAAACUAUCUCUACAAUUAUAUCACUGUUAUUUGAAUCC